AUGCGCUCUGCUCGAAUGGUCGACAAGAUCUCGAUCCAGUUCUUGGGCACAAGCGCCGGCAAGCCCUGCAAGACUCGCAAUGUCUCGUCCCUCGCGCUUCGACUGGAUGGAGAUACGAUCAUCUUCGACUGCGGCGAGGCGACACAGCAUCAGCUCAUGAAGACGACGAUCAAGCCAUCGAGCAUCUCUAAAAUAUUCCUUACCCAUACGCACGGUGAUCAUGUCUUUGGUCUUGUGCCGCUCUUGACCUCCUUUGGCCACUCUGGUCACAUCGUACCUGGAGAGCCGCCGGCCUAUAUUGAUGUGUACGGUCCGAAGGGCAUCAGAGAACUCAUCCGCACAACGCUGAGGAUAUCUUACUCAACAUUGGCAAAGCGAUACCGCGUGCACGAGCUACUCUUUGCGGAAGAGCAGCCAUACACAAACUCUGAUAUGCACUCCUCAGAAGAUGAGGGUACUGAUGUGCAUCGCGCGCCCGAUGGGACUUGGCCAGUCUGUCAUACCGACGACUUUGUGGUCAAGGCUGCUCCAAUAGCGCACACGGUGCCUUGCGUAGGGUACGCAAUACAAGAGCGAGCACGACGGGGCAAGUUCGACAUGGCUCAGAUAGGUCCUAGACUGGGCGCAAAUGCAAAAGCGCUCAAAGCACGCGGGAUGAGCAAUCCACAUACCCUACUAGGCGUGAUACAGCGAACGGGCGAGCCUAUUACGCUCCCAGAUGGUACUCGGCUGGAUCCUCCAUCCGAUCUGCCUGGUCGCAAGAUCGUCAUCUUGGGCGACACAUAUGAGCCUUCCGAAGAAAUGGCUCAACUUGCGCUUGAUGCCGAUCUGUUGGUGCACGAGGCGACCAACGCUUGGCUUCCGCAGCACGGGGCAAAGCCAGAGGAUACCAUGGAAAGUGUCCGACAGCAGGCUCGCGAUCGGGGACAUUCUACAGCCGAGAUCGCUGGCGCCUGGGCGCACAAAGUCAGAGCGCGCGAACUCGCGCUCAAUCACAUCUCGUCACGCUACAAAGGCCCCGUCGACGGAGAGACAGCGGAGCCGGAGACUCUGCAGAUCAUGGAUGCUAUCAGCAGGCUAGCAUCAGAUGCUUGGCGAAGCGGCAAGCAAGCCAUCGUUGCGAGCGACAUGCUGACAAUCGACGUCCCGUUACCACCGCAACCUCAGGCCGGAGCCCCGGCUUAUUGA